AAAUUUUCUUCAAAGCCUUGGACUUUCUUCAAACCACUAAUUCCAAGUUAAUCGAAUAUCAUCUAUUCUCAGCUCAAUAUGAAUUCUGAUGAAAAUCUGUUGAAUGAGGAUUUGCAAGAGGUGAAUAAUGUUUCACUUGAAAACAAUUUGUCUGAAGAUCAAAUAAGUAAUCACUCAUAUGAAUAUGAUGAUGAUCAAUCGGAUGAGGAUUUUUAUGAGGAUCUAGAUCAGUUUGCUGAGGAUAUUCAUCAGUAUCACAGGAAUCUGUGGCGGAAUGAGCAUCUAAAUCGGUUGAACAAGGAUAUUCAUGAGUAUGAGAGGAAUCUGCAGCAGAAUGAUCAUCUAGAUCAUCAAUGGAAUGAAGUUUUUUAUGGGCAUAGAAGGAAUCUGCGGCAGAAUGAUCAUCAGUGCAAUGGGUUUUUUUAUGGGCAUAGGAGGAAUCUGUGGCAGAAUGAUCAUCAGUGCAAUGAGGUUUUUUAUGGGCAUAGGAGAAAUCCGCGGCAGAAUGAUCAUCAGCGCAAUGGUUUUUUUUAUGAGCAUAGGAGGAAUCUGCGGCAGAAUGAUCAUCAGUGCAAUGGGAUUUUUAAUGGGCAUAGGAUGAAUCUGCGGCAGAAUGAUCAUCAGUGCAAUGAGGUUUUUUAUGGGCAUAGGAGGAAUCUGCGCCAGAAUGAUCAUCAGUGCAAUGACUUUUUUUAUGGGCAUAGGAGGAAUCUACAGCAGAAUGAUCAUCAGUGCAAUGGUUUUUUUUAUGGGCAUAGAAGGAAUCUGCAGCAGAAUGAUCAUCAGUGCAAUGGAAAUUUUUAUGGGCAUAAGAGGAAUCUGUGGCAAAAUGAUCAUCAGUGCAAUAAGCAUUUUUAUGGACAUAUGAAGAAUCUGCAGCAGAAUGAUCAUCAGUGCAAUGGGGUUUUUUAUGGGCAUAGGAUGAAUCUGCGGCGGAAUGAUCAUCAGUGCAAUGAGGUUUUUUGUGGGCUUAAGAGGAAUCUGCGGCAGAAUGAUCAUCUGUGCAAUGGGUUUUUUAUGGGCAUAGGAGGAAUCUGCGGCAGAAUGAUCAUUAGUGCAAUGGGUUUUUUUAUGGGCAUAGGCGGAAUCUGCGGCAGAAUGAUCAUCAGUGCAAUGAGGUUUUUUAUGGGCAUAGGAGGAAUCUGCGACGGCAGAAUAAUAAUCUGUGCAAUGAGUUUUUUUAUGGGCAUAAGAGGAAUCUUCGGCGGCAGAAUGAUCAUCAGUGCAAUGGGGUUUUUUAUGGGCAUAGGAGGAAUCUUCGGCGGCAGAAUGAUUACCAGUGCAAUGGGGUUUUUUAUGGGCAUAGGAGGAAUCUGCGGCAGAAUGAUCAUCAAUGGGAUGAGGUUUUUUAUGGGCAUAGAAGGAAUCUGCGGCGGCAGAAUGAUCAUCAGUGCAAUGGUUUUUUUUAUGGGCAUAGGAAGAAUCUACGGAGGCAGAAUGAUCAUCGGUGCAAUGGGGUUUUUUAUGGGCAUAGGAGGAAUCUGCGGCGGGAGAAUGAUCAUCAGUGCAAUGAGGUUUUUAUGGGCAUAAGAGGAAUCUGCAACAGAAUGAUCAUCAGUGCUAUGGGUUUUUUUAUGGGCAUAGGAGGAAUCUGCGGCAGAAUGAUCAUCAAUGGAAUGAGGUUUUUUAUGGGCAUAGGAGGAAUCUGCGGCAGAAUGAUCAUCAGUGCAAUGAGUUUUUUUAUGGUCAUAGGAGGAAUCUGCAGCAGAAUGAUCAUCAGUGUAAUGAGGUUUUUUAUGGGCAUAUGUGGAAUCUGCAGCAGAAUGAUCAUCAGUGCAAUGAGGUUUUUUAUGGAUAUAGGAGGAAUCUGCGACAGAGUACAAUUUUUGAGCAUUCUUACCGUUGUUUUUCGGUCUCAUCUCUCAAUAGGAUAUGUCAUCAGAUGGUUUUCAAAUAUAAGCAUAGAUCAUCCUUGUAAAAUAUUCAAUAAUACUUGGUUACAUUU